AUGAGGUGCAUGCUGAGUGAUGUUAGUGUGCAGCACUCACAGCUUUUGCUGGCCAGUGUGCCUAAGCAAGCUACUGUGGACUCCACCUGGCAACCUCUUUGGGCAGAGAUUGCCAACUCCCUGACCAUCCUUGCAAAUGGUGGGGUGGUUUGGGUGAUUUGUGGCGACUUGGAGUUCUUUUGCCAAGAAUUCCAAUUUCCGACAGCGAUGUCAAAUUACCCAUGCAAAUACUGCUGCGCUACAAAUUUCUUUGGCAAGAAUGAAGUGCCUUUUACUGAUUUCAGGAGCGCAGCUGCUUGGCGAAGCACAAAGCUGGAGGCUGUGGAGGACAUAGUGGACCACCCCCUCAUGGAUGUUCCAGCAAUCAGCUUCUGGACUAUAAAGCUUGAUUGGCUGCACCUUGUGGACUUGGGCUGUGCAAGCCAGCUCUUUGGGAAUGUUGUGUGGGACCUGAUUGAAGACCACCUUGAAGGGCCAUCAAGGGCUGCAAAGCUCCUGGAGUUGAACCACAUGAUCUGCAAGGCCUACCAGGAGAACAACAUCCCUGCCUCCAAAAGACUGGGGAGGCUCAGCCUGUCUGAUGUCUGCAAUGGUGGUGAUGACUACCCCAGCUUGAGGCACCAGAAGGGAAGGAGAGUGAGAUACUUUUCGUUGGUAGCUUGCCACCUGGCUGCAGAGUUUGCAGUGGGUGACUUUGGCAAGCAUCGCCUCAAGGCUGUGGAAGCCAUGAAUGACAUGUACUGUUUGGCUGACAGAAAGGAGCAUGUGUGGUCUGCAGACACAUACAAUCAGUUCAAGCAGGCCACACACAAAAUGCUCUUGCACUAUGGCUGGCUAGCCAAAAAGUCCAUGGAGAAGAAGCUGUGCAGAUACAGCAUCACCCAAAAGCACCACAAGCUGGCUUGCAGGUACAUAGACCAGUGCCUAUACAUGGCACCAAGGUCUACUUGGUGUUACGGUCCUGAGAGUUACAUGAGCAUGUGCAUCAGGAUCGCUGCAGCCUCUGUAAAGGGAACAGGUGGCACAAAGCUGCCUGGAAAGGUGCUGCAGAAAUUUGCACUCUGCUUCCACUUGCUCUUGAGUGGCCAACUCAACCUCAAAGAGGAUGAUGCUGACUAG